AUCUAAGCAAUAAAAAAAAAGAAAAUCUUAUAACUUUGUUUUAGCGUAAUGUUAAUAACGCGUUAUGUGUGCUUAGUGCGAGUUUUUUUAACUUCUCGAUCACAUAAAAGUUUUUUUUUUUUUUUUUAAUUUGUUCUAUACAGUAAGCUGUCGUAAGACAUUCAACCGUAGUUUUGAUAAAAACAAUUCCGGCGGUGCAUGCACAAUGUCCAUUGACAUGUCCAUAUCAAUUAAUCUACUUAAUCUACAGUAGAUCUAGUAGAUCUUGAGGCACUCUUCUUCUGAGUCUUCUUGUAGUCAUUUGGUUGUCCAUUAAAUGCUUAGCAAGGUUAUUCGGAUGGGCUUCCAAUCUUACACAAUAUGCUUUAGCUCAAUGGAUUACUUCAUCUUUGACUUUUCUUAUGGCAAGAUCAUAAUGGAUUCUUUCAUUUGUAACAUACCAUGGUGCGUUCACUAUCAUCCUGAGCGUUUUUGAUUGAAAUCUUUGAAGGAUUUCAAUAUUUGAGUUUGACGCAGUACAUAAAAGUUAACUAAAAUUUGUAUGCAUUUGGAACAGCGCAAAAUCAAAAAUAAUUCGGAUGUCUUUAAAGAAUCAAUUAAAAAAAACCGCGCCACGUAAAUUUGUCGAAACUCUUAUCAACGCAUUAUAUUAACAAAGAAACAAAUAGUUUGUAAAUACCAAAUUUUAAUUACGACAUAAUUAUUUAUUACUAACGAAACGUUCUAAACAAAAUUUUUUUUUGAUUACAAAACUCUAAAUCGAUUACGGAACGCGUCAAACGUGAAUACGUGUUUUUCGGCAAAUACAUUAAUUGUGAAUUUGGUUUUUUUUUCUUAUCAAUACGGAUAAUUUAUCACAAAGUUAACGAUAAUUAACUAUUAGUGAUGACACAAGAUAAUAAUUUGAGUUAAUAAAAUGCUAUGUACAAUAGUUUUGGAUGAGCUUCGAUGAUGAGACUGUAGACUGGAUUUUACACGCUACUGUCGUUUUACUUGGCAUUUGAGGUCUUUUUAUUUAUGAACUAGCUUUUGCCAGUGACUUCGUCCGCGUGGAAUUGUUACUUUGGCAUAACCCUUUUUACUCGCCACUUCAUUUACUUAGAAAGUGAUUUUUUUUAAUAAUAUCUAGCUAGCUGUAGCUAGCUUUUUUUUAUUGCCUAGAUGUGUGGACGAGCUCACAGCCCACCUGGUGUUAAGUGGUAACUGGAACCCAGAGACAUCUACAACGUAAAUGCGCCACACACCUUGAGAUAUAAGUUCUAAGGUCUCAGUAUAGUUACAACGGCUACCCCACCCUUCAAACCGAAACGCAUUACUGCUUCACGGCAGAAAUAGGCGGGGCGGUGGUACCCACCCGCGCGGACUCACAAGAGGUCCUACCACCAGUAAAAAAUAGCUAAUAGCUAAGUAGCUAUAGCUUGUCUAUUUAUACCGGCACAGCCGUUGUACAAUUAUGAUUUCGGUGCUUGUGUCAAGGUGGGUGACGCAUUCCAGACAAACGACCAACUCUGGGCCAAGCAGCGACCGGAUACGGAGAAAUAUAAAACAAAUUUAAUUGCUGAGUUUCCUUCCCGCUUUAUCCAAUUAAUUCUGAAAACAAAUGGACAAUUCAUUACUUCUAUCUUUCAAGAAAACCAGAGUUUUGUAGGUCAAACACGCAUGCGCACUGCGCUUUUACGUACACGCGCGCGGCACACGUCAAUUCUAUUUUAGUGAGGCUCCGCGCUUGUGUUGGACCAAAUAAACGAAGAGUCGCACGCUCUUAAAUAAAAUUGUACUAUCGUAAUACUCCUCAAUAAUCGGAAACCGAUAUAAAUAUGUGGCGAGUGAUGUGACGCGAUCGAUAAUUGAACGAAAUGCGGCAAUGCGUCAUUAGAUCAACGCAGGACCAGUGAAAUCGAAACAUGGAGCCCCUCAUCGAUAGGAACAACUUCGCGAUCAGCGCGAUGGUGACCGUCGCAAUGCAGAUCCUGUUCUUCACCGUCGCAUCCCUACUGCAGAACGACAAGGUCACUGAUUUCACUGGAGGUGCCAAUUUUAUCAUCAUCGCCUUGUUGACAUUCUUUCUCGGUCAAGGAGGGAGCACUAUGAAGAGUUACGACAGCAGGCAGCUGAUGGUGACGGCUUUUGUGUGCCUCUGGGGCGUCAGAUUGUCAGGGUACUUGAUUUACAGAAUCUAUCACAUUGGAAGAGAUAAACAGUUCGAAGAUAGAAAAAGUAACACCCUGAGAUUCGCUGUGUUUUAUACCUUCCAAGCACUGUGGGUGUAUGUGGUCAGUUUACCUGUGAUCAUAACGAAUUCCGCCCAUCAUUCUUAUCCUAAAGCGCCCAAAACCAUGACAACCUUGGACUCAGCCGGUGCAGGUAUCUUCGUCAUAGGAUUGCUAAUAGAAACCUAUGCAGAUCUCCAAAAGUUUGCCUUCAGACAGGAGCCAAGAAAUCAGGGAAAAUGGUGCAACGACGGUCUGUGGGGCUUGUCAAGACACCCCAACUACUUCGGCGAAGUGGUCUUGUGGUGGGGAAUAUUUAUCAUAUCUUUAAACGUGAUAGAAGGCGUGGAAUGGAUUUCAAUAUUAUCACCUUUAUUUACGACUUUGAUUAUAUUGUUUUUAUCUGGUAUACCGUUGCUCGAACGAUCGGCGGACGAGAAAUACAGAGAUAACCCCGAUUAUUUGUAUUACAAGGCAUCGACGUCGCCUUUGAUUCCAAUACCACCAGCGAUAUACGUGGAAGUGCCCAAGUUCCUCAAGUGCAUUCUAUGCUGCGAGUUUCCUAUCUACGACUCGACUGGAGACGAAUACCCAGCUCCGACGAUAGUGACAGAAACGACCAGUAUCUCCAUGGUCCAAACACAGACCUAGCUAAAGAACGCCGCGCGCGAUGACGCGGCGCACGGCGACGGCAAGGAUCCGUCGCAGAGACCCUUGUGAUACGAGGAACGAUCGCUCAAGUUGCCGAACUCGCUGCCACUCAAGAAAAACAACACCAUCGAAAUGAACCAAUACAACACUUACAUGGAGAACUUGAAGAAAAGCAAACGAAUAGCUAUGGGUCUGAUCGAUAAUACUAAAGAUGUUAUGGACGAAAUCCGAUUAGCCAGCCCGAAUAGUUACGAGAACUCUCCCACGACGAGCGACGGGAGACGUCAGCAAGAGAUAAUCAAAUAUAAAAACAUAACAUUCAACACGACAGCGAUACUACAUCACUAUCCGCAAAUGAAGUCCCCGGUCAAAAAGUCUGAUCAUAAAUUGCCAAUCGAUGUAAUCAGGGUUGAAAAUAAUAAUUCGAAUAAUGAAAAAGUUGCCAAAAAUGAUAAUUUUAAUAAUAAUAAUAAAAAGAUUGAUGAACUGGACCGAAUAGAGAUACUAAAUGAAAAAUUCACCGAAGAGAAAUUAGUGUGAGGAAUGAGUGCUUCGGCUUGAGGUCUGCUGACUUUGAACUAUUUUGAAUAAAUUAUCAAACAUAUCGUUAAAAUGUAGCUAAUAAAAGACUGCUUGUAAUAAUUGUAGAUAUUCAUCUAAUAUGUGUAAUAAUUCAUAUUACGUGUGAGUGUUUUGUAUUACUGAUAAAAGAAAAGCCGUCUUGAAAAUAAAGUGAAUUAGUAAGAUUUAGAA